ACAUGCAGUUUAUUGCAUGUCAGUUAUAUCUCAAUAAAGCUAUUAAGGAAGAAAAAGCACGAUCCUCACCCUGCAGGAGCUCACAGUUGGGAAGCAGUGGGUGUGUGUGGGGGCGAGAGGGGGAGAUGAGGAUGCAGACACAAAAGCAGUAACAAGAAUCCAUUAAGUAAUUAAUGUUAGAGGAUGAGACGGGGGAAGGGUAGAGCAUGCCCAGGGCAAGGAACAGCAGAACCGAGGCCGGGGCCAGGAGGAGUGGUUAGAGCUGGGCCCCGGCUCCAGGGGCGUGAGGCCAGCUGGGUGGUGUGAGAUGCAGUUAGGGAGCUGGUCUGGGGCAGAAUCUUUUCCCUCUCUCCUCCCUCCUUCUGUCCCUUGCCUGUCCUUCCACCACUUGUCUACUUGUAUCCUGUAGCUGAGCAGUCUCCCCCUACCCCCCCGCACCCCUCUUUCCCGCCAACACCACACAGUGUCAGAGAACGGUCUGGGGCAGAAGCCAUGGCCUCCGUCCUCACCUUGUGGCCUCCCACAGGAAGGAGCCCUCGACCUUCUGAAGAAGCUGAAUAGCUGUCAGAUGUCCAUCCAGCUACUCCAGACCACCAGGAUUGGAGUCGCCGUCAAUGGGGUCCGCAAGCACUGCUCAGACAAGGAGGUGGUGUCCUUGGCCAAAGUCCUCAUCAAAAACUGGAAGCGGCUGCUGGACUCCCCUGGACCCCCCAAAGGAGAAAAAGGAGAGGAGAGAGACAAAGCAAAGAAGGAAAAAGGGAUCAACUACUCUGACUGGAAGCCAGAGACAGGCCUUUCUCCACCGAGGAAAAAACGAGGCGAAGAGCCCAAAGACAGGUAUUUUUUCUGGGAUGGAGAGAAGGGGGCUGACACUUGUCAUGUCCUCUGCCAGAGGCUCUGUUUAUAUAACUUCGUUUAAUCUUCACGCCCCAGGAGGAGCUACUGUUCCCAUCUCCUACGGGGCCCCCUUGGGGAGGGUCUUCUUGGGCUCAAUCAGACAGACCCGUAAGACCCAAAUAGGCCAUCCCUGGCACUGGCUUCACCGAGAAGGACGCCGGGGCAGGAGGUGCAGCGUGCCAGCAGGGCAGGCCCAGGCCUUUCUCAUCUGCUAGGGGACCACACAGCAUCCAGAGCUAUUCGGUUCUACCCAGGUGCAGGGUAAUGAGUCCACAAUGGUGGGGGUUGCUGGUGGUGAACCCCUGACUUAGAAGACAAAGCUGCCAGGAUCCCAGCAGGAUUCACUGUCCUUGGCGCAGCCCCCAAAAGCUAUGGUUUUCCACUAAUUAUUUGUAUUUCAUUCAGAGCCCUUCCUGUCUGGACAUAAUUUACCAAUCAGGGCUCAUUUGCUAUAAGCAAUGUUGCCUAGUAACACAGCGGACAUCCCAGCCUUGUCAGGGUUCCGGGUACAUGGGGCUAGGAACUCACUUAACCAUACAGAAAGUAAAGUGUUUUGUUGGCUCUCUAGUCAACGUUUUCAUUCUGUGAGGAGGAAGCCGAAGGUUGGGGAGCAGGGACUUUCCCAAGACCACCCAGCUAUUAUGUGACCGAGUGGGAUCCCAUCUUUGUCAGACCCCCAGACCUCUGCUGAGAAUAGAAGAGUUGUCUGUCUCAACUCCAUGCCCAUUCCCCCUUGCCCACCUAGCCAGGGUCCCCCAAAUUGCAUGACUUCAGAUAGACCCAAAUGCCUUAUCCAUGAUAGUAGAUAAAAGUCCUCAUCGAUGUAUA